AUUCAACUACUGGUCUCUUCCCUACAUCCAACAAUCAACUUAUUCACUGGCCGGCUGUUUCUGAACUGACUGGUUGGAUAACCUAAGCAAAUGCAUCAUAUAAUGAGUGAAUAAUCCAUCUUGAAGCCACUUCUAGAAAUGGUUACUACCAUUGCUCUACUUUCUGCAGUUAUUGCAUUGUUAGCCCUUUUCUUAGGGACAGACCCAUUAGGAAUCAGUCUUUUAUCACAACAUCCAAAUAUAUCGUUUAAACCAAUUCAGCUUCAUCCCCUUUCAUCCCAACCCAGAGUUACAGAUGCAAAGAACAGGCUGAAGAAUGCAGAAAUUGCUGCUGUGGUUGAUGGUGCAGUGGGUCCAGAGAGCUUGGCAUUUGACAAUGAUGGAAGAGGUCCUUAUACAGGGGUUAGUGAUGGCAGGAUUCUCAGAUGGGAUGGCCCAAGCUCCGGUUGGACUCAAUUUGCUGUCACCUCACCAAAUAGGUCAGGAGUCUGUAAUCCAAAGAAUCCUCCUGCACCCAACCUAGCUUUUGAGCACAUAUGUGGCCGCCCUCUGGGAAUGAGAUUUCAAAGGCAAACUGGUGACCUUUAUGUUGCAGAUGCUUAUUUGGGAUUGCUUGUUUUGGGUUCUGAAGGAGGGCUUGCCAAGCCCAUCGUUAAUGAGGCAGAAGGAAAACCACUUGGAUUCACGAAUGACCUAGACUUUGAUGAAGAAGGAGUGGUCUACUUCACUGAUACUAGCACUAUUUUUCAAAGAAGGCAAUUCUUGUUUUGCAUCCUUAGUGGGGAUGAUACAGGCAGACUGAUAAGAUUCGAUCCAAAGAGUGCAGAAGUCACUGUGCUCCUUAGGAAUCUCAAGUUUGCAAAUGGAGUUGCAAUGAGCAAAGAUUUCUCCUUUAUUCUUGUUUCAGAAACCACAAAUUGCAGGAUUUUGAGGUAUUGGUUGAAAGGUCCUAAAGCGGGAAGUUCCGAGGUCUUUGCUUUACUGCCUGGAUUUCCAGACAACAUACGCCGCAAUGCAGAUGGGGAAUUCUGGGUAGCAUUACAUUGUCGGAGGAAUCUGCCUACGAGCUUGGCAUUAUCUUAUCCAUGGCUUCGUUGGGCGCUCUUUAAACUUCCCCUCUCAAUUAAACAGCUUUAUUUUAUCUUCACUGGUGCACAUCAACAGGGUAUAGCCAUUCGUCUUGGUGAGGAUGGAAAGAUUUUGGAAGUACUGGAAGACCAACUGGGCAGCACAGUCAAGCUCAUCAGUGAGGUGGAGGAAAGAAAUGGGAAGCUAUGGAUGGGAUCUGUCAUUGUCCCUAACGUAGCACUCUACUCUCGAUAACAACUUUGUGAAAAUUUCCCCCCUUUACUUAUCGUCAUCGUUUGAGUUUGCAAGAGUAUGUUCAUCAGAUUUUGAAUGGUUGCGAAUGAACAUCAAAAACUUACACAGUUGAAUUUCUUCAUCCAUAUCUACUUAUUCUAAGUUAUUGCAAGGGAAAUUAUUUUGCCAUUGGUAUAAAA